UGCUUGGGGAGUGAAUAGGAAUGAAUAUGCCGAGAGCUCAGUUCGAACCUGGAUACCGCGUCACAUCCCAGAUGCCGAUGUGAUUUACUGUGCGAGUACAGUUAGUGGGACUACAAUGAAGUAGUCGUUUGUGGGAGGACGCUGGCAUAGGACAGAACAGUGACGCAAAGAGAGGGAGCAGUGUAUGAGCACCUUGUACUACUGGCCGCAGCCGAAGCUUAAUCCAACUUUGCAAUGUGGACGGGCUUCUCCUAGGGAAUUAUUCCAGCGAUUUAUUUUCUGUAUUGGACAGUGCAACUCAUUUGCUAGGACCGUUUGUGUGGACACUUAUCGGAUGCGAACCUGAGUACGAGAAUAACCCUUUUGUGACCUGAAUAUAACACGACAGCAUCCACUCCCAUGGCUGUGGAGGAACCCUUGAUUUAAGCUCAACCCAUAACUUCAUACCUUCAGGAGAGAAUUGAAUGACCACACACACCCUCUUGUUGCAGCAUAGGAUCCAGAACCUCCGACUCUGGAAUAGAUGUUCCGCAGCCUGCUGUCUAUCAGAGGAUGCAGUCACUGAACUUGUUAAGGCUUCAGCUCCUCCUUUAUGUUGUCUGUGCCGAACCUCACAAGAAAUGCUUCCCCGGGUGUUACUGUGAAACUGAAAGCUUCGGACUCUUUGAUAGCUUCAGCUUGACAAAAGUGGACUGCCGUGGCGUUGGACCACAUCUAACUCCUAUUCCCAUUCCGUUGGACACAUCCUAUCUGGAUUUAUCUUCAAGUAACCUAAAAACUCUUGGUGAGGCAAUGCUGACAGGACCGGGCUACACUACUUUGGUCAGCCUGGACCUUAGCUAUAACCAAAUAACCGAAUUUGAAGCCAACACUUUCUCAAAACUUCGAUAUUUGGAAUCCUUGGAUUUGAGUCACAAUUCAUUGCAGUCCCUUCAGGAUGGAAGCUUCUCGAAUCCUUCACUUGAAGAUAUAGAUAUAAGCAACAACAGACUACAAGAAAUUAAUUUGAACAUUUUUAUGCCAAAAAUCCAUGGGAAGCCAAUUAAUAUAGAUCUUUCCAACAAUGAGAUACGUUCCGUUGUUAAUGGUCUUAAUGAAAACAUUCCUUUCAUUCAGGGUUUCAAUUUAUCUGGAAACAGAUUAACAUCAGUACCAAACUUAAAAGGCUUCCUUCUUAGAUAUUUGAGUCUCGAUAACAACCCCAUUACCAAAAUUGAAGAAAAUGCCUUUUCUGGUAUGGUGGAGCUCACUCAUCUGUCCCUUGCUAAUCUGCCAACUUUGACUGAGAUAGCAUCUAACAGCUUCAGUGGGCUGUCUGCUCUGCAGGUAUUAGACUUGUCUGGUAACCCGCAACUUAAGGCCCUGUAUGCAGAAGUGUUUUCUGGUUUGUUAUCUCUCCAAGAAUUAAAUCUGUCCAACACUGCUGUAAAUAUGUUGCCCCAAAAUAUACUUCAGUAUUUGCCAUCAGUAAAGACCAUCACUUUGGGAAACAAUACCAGAUGCUUUAAGACGGUAAGAAAUGGACAGUUCCACAGACAGCUGGGAGUGACAAAAACAGGAAUGGUAUUGAAAUGCUAUAAUCAAACCAAACCCGAUGUGAUGAGUCAUAUUAUUUGAUUUCACCAGGAAAAAAAAGUGGACGAUACUUGACUCUGUUUUUGAUUAACAUGUAAUGUGCCUUUUGAAAACAAUUUUUAAUUAUUUAUUUAAUUAUAUAUUUGUACAAUGCUAAUACUUGAGAACUGGACCGUUUUUACACACAGAAACUUUCCCCUCUGAAUUUUUCAGGGCUCUGCUGUUUUCCUUUUGUGUACGCAAAUACUGAAGUACGACCAGCAGCAUGUCACUAUGCAGUCACAUAGCGAUAUAUAACCUUAUAUGAAUUGAAUACUGACUGAAACCUCUUUACCAGAUGUUGCCUGUUUUGUAUGAAAACAGUUUAAGGGCUUCAUUGACUUUGGGGAUGAAUAAUUGCAAGUUCAGAUUUUGGAUCUCUGCUGAUCAGAACAAGGCAAAAUAUUCACUAGCUUUCUGCUGUGAAGCACAAAGUGCCUUCUUUUGCUAAAAAAAUUGCCCAUUCUUGUGGUCCACCCCCACUUUGCUGCCUGAAUGUUGCAGGUGUGUGUGGUACUGUGUGAGUCUGGGUGUCUGUGUACACACGGUCCCGCAUUGAGUAUAUCUACAGCGGUAUGCCCAUAUGCUUUGUGUGCAUUCAUGUACUAUUACAUAGAAUUUUUUCACUUUGUUAAAUAGCAUUGCAGAAUGGCUUACAGUGAUGGUAGUACACAUUUUUGACAUAUGUUAAGCUUAGUUUGCAUAUAUGCAGCACCAGUUGAUAUAAAAUUGGAAGUAGGCCAACAUUCAAAGAGAGUUGGUACAUUGCAGAAUUCAGCAUUAAUGAAGGUUUUUUUAUAUCAGCAGGAGUACAUUAAACCAAAUCUAGGUCUUGGCUUGUCUAAUCCCUCAAAGGCCUGUGUUGAACUAAAAUUUUGCAUUGAUGGGUAAUGUGGAGGUUUACAUUGUAACCUGGUCUUAGGUGAUCAAAAGAUUGACCAUUGUAGAGUCAUUUCACAGUCAGUCAAUGCUCUUAACAACAUGACCCCUUUCUGUGUCUGUCACCUGGAUGCCAUACCUGGGCCUUUGUUUUGAGCCUUACAAAGUGAUUCUCUCUGUUCAGAGCUUGUCCUGAUGUCUGUUAAUGUGUGCCUGAAUUUGGCAUGCAGGUGAGAUUCAGUCAGCUGUAGGAAGUACAAAAUCGGGGUUAAUAAUGUAUUGAUGUGAUUCAGGCAUCAUGGCAGGGUAGCAUAAAUGUCUGACUGUGUGCAAGAUAUUGACGUUUUUAUUGCUUUUCUUGAAUGCUAUUUAUUUCCUUUUUUCUGACCAAAACACUCUUGAUAUUCUGCACCUUCUCAUUUAAUCCAGGAGGGUGAAAUUGAGUAUGGUGUGACUGUGAGGAAAUAGGAGUAUAGUUAGAGUGUACAGUUUGAGCUGGAUUCUGCAUGGCAUAAAGGUACUAACUGAGCCCUUCUGACUUCCACGUAAACAAAUCCCCACAUAUGUAGAUUUCUGUGACAAAUUGUUUCUGUGACAAAGAGUAAGAGAUGUAUGCCACCACUCUCUGGGUCCCAUUUCACGUAAGCCAUACAAAUUAAUGCUGGUAAAUUAUUUAGUGCAUUCAUUUAUUUUGCCCCCUUCAAAAUGUAUUCCAAGAGAAUUGACUGAAGAAAACUGAAGAAUGUAGCAUUUUGAAAAGAUGUAGAUUGUCUAGUUUGAAGUCCCUGGUACCUGUUGUCCCAUCAAAGUUUUGUUCCAUUGAUGCUGUAUUGUUCCAGUGAUCAUUUUUACCUGUUUUUUUUUUUUUCAAAUUACAUAUUUGCAUUUAUGGCCUCCAAUUUUUAAUUAAAGCUGUACAGAUUCUGAGGGGGUUGUUCUGUCUCUCCAGAUUUGUAUUCAUAUCCACUUGAUAUUGGUUGGGAGUCAUGCACUCUGUCAGACAAGUUUAAAGUAUAAAAGUGAAGAUCUUUGGGGUGCUAAAGGAGGCUUGCCAGGGUGUUUGAUCUGCCAGUGCAAAUGUCUGAGCAGCUCCUGCUUCUAAUCUUAUUUAAUUUUUAUAAAUGUUAAGUUCAGUGCUCAGUUGUAGAAAAUGAGACCACCGAUUUACCUUGUUCUUCUGACAGUUGCUGUUAGACAUAUGAAGAGUUUUUGCAGUCCCCCCCCCCCCCCCGUAUGUGUGUGUAUACUAAUUUUGAGAUCACCUUUCCUUGGAGCAGGAAGAAUACAGAUGCCACAGUGUUGGAGUUUUUUAUUCACUUAUUCAUACUUCUAGAUGAGUAUUGCAAAUAUGUUCCUUCAGAAAUUCAGUAUGUACCUUUUCAUCUAGUUCUUGAACUCAUUCAAUCAGAUGUGUCCGUUUCUUCUACAUUUUUCAUACUUUUUAAGUUCAAUAAGUGGAAAUUUUGCUCUUUGUUAUUGAGGAAUUUGAGCUCGUCUAUCUGACAACAGAAGGUAUAAAACUGAAGCAGAGCUUUUUUCAGAUAAGCCAUGUAAAAAUACAGAUUCGGCCACUAAACUGCUGUGACUAGGCACAGGCCACUACUAAUUAAUAACAAAAGGACGUUGGAAAGAAUAGCCAUGGCUGUUUCAUUUUACCUUUUUGUUAUGUGUUUCUGUGUUGUGUGCAUUUGAAACCUGUGGAGUUUGAAUAGCAUUUAAUGGUUGAAUUUAACAUUUUUUUACAUAAUGAAAGGUUGUGUGCAAUUAAUGGUGAAAGCUAUGUUUGUAAUUUGCAGUUCAUUGUUCAGUUUUAUUUAUUCUGUUGUGAAAAGCCUGACUGUUUUUGCAGACUUGUCAUGCUGUGGUAAUUUUUGUGGCAUUUGAGUCUAGAAUUAUUGUCCAGACAAGUUUUGCAAUGUUUCAGCCACUUGAAUUGCACUACUCUGUCAGGCUCCGUGGCUGUGAAGUCUGUGGAACCUGUCUUCUCAUGGUAUCUAUAUAGACACACACACUUGCCAUCUGGUAUUGUUUAAAGGGCCCUUAAUCCCAGAGUGUUUAUUUUACAGUUUUCCAUUCAGAUCAUAGGGUCCAGGUUCCCCCCAACAAUCUUCAUAUAGUUAGUAGUCUUUCGAUUUCCUCUUGGAAUACUAUCUGUACCCAUUUUACAGUUUAUACCUGAUAUCAUCCUCUUCCUUGGUUGAAACUCUGAAAAAUGUUUCCAUGCUGAAUUUCCAAAAUUUGUUUAAAAUUGAUUAGUAGCAUAAUUUGUUGAAUGGAAAUUUUUUUUUAAGGAGCAAUCAUUUCAGGACCACUUAUCUUACAUUUGUGAGUUGACAUAACUUGAUAAAGCCUAUGAAAUUAACAAUUCACUACCGUUGACCAAAUAACUAAACAGUAAGUUGUCAUUUUUCAAACGAAUGCGUCAUGGAGAUUCUAUAAUGAUAUUUAUUUUCUUUUCACCUUUGCCCAGUCUAAUUGGAGCAGCAGAGACGCAUACUUUGAGAUUAUAGAGGUUUGGUCUUGUAGUAUGCAGUUCAACACUAAAACUCGUCAGUACUGUGUUGCAUAUAUAAAACAAAUGUCUGUCUUUAGCAGAAUUAGAAGCCCUUCUGUGGAUAAAAUGGUCCUUGAAUACAAACAUUAAAGACCCUUCUGGGAAGGGGAGAUGAUAAAUUUGCUUGUCCAAAAGUGACGCAAUAUGGCUCCUAACUGCCUUCAAUCUUGUCUUCUGAGAAGAGACAGAUACCUGCACUAUGUAGUUACUUGUGCCUUCUGCCAUAUUUACUGUUCAUAACUGUACAUUGAAGACUUCUGUGGUACUUUCUCAAGACUCCGUUCUUGUCAAGGAGCUUUCACUGUAACUGAAACCAUUGUUCUUAAAGUUAAGUCAGCAGAGAUAAGCGGUAGCGCACAUGCCUCUGGUAAGAUCCACACACUUGCCAACUGCUUGCCGCCAUUUGUAAACUCACUGGGAAGAGCUAGUCACUACUUAUCCCUCUUCCUGCUGUUAUAUUAGUGAAAGGGGGCACUCAUUUCCACUGCAUUCAUGUAAGCCAAUUUCAUACAGAUCACGCAGCUAGUUGCUGUUGCAGUAUUUGACGCAAGCAAAUGGUAACUCUUAAAAUUUCAUGAGAGCAGAGGCAUUUUCUUGGAGUUUGUGGCACUUUUAAAUUCAAACCGUUUACACUACAUAAAUUUUACUUUUUUACGGUAUGUCAUUAACUCUAAUCAGAUUGUUAAAGACCCAUGUUCAUUUAUUAGUCUACUGAUCUGAUGCAUUCCAUUUUGGAUUUUGAAUGUAAAAAUGUGUUAUUCUGAGAUAAUAAGUCUGUGAAGUAGAGCCCAUGAAUGGGUUACGUUUUCUGCUGGCAGAAUGUUUUUUAAUUUUGUUGAUAAUUUUAUAAUGAUUAUAAUUUUGUAAAUGGUCAAACAAAAUUGAAAAUGCUAGUGCAGUCUGUGCUAACAUCAUUUGUGGUAAAAUACCUGUCUGUGACAAUCCAUUUUUAAACAGUUACUAUAAUUUUAGUAGGAUGUACGCUGUUAGCCAAAUAAACAAUGAUUUUCCUAAAACAGCUGUAUGCAUUUUUUAGUUACUAAGAAUUAUAGUUUAUGUAUGAAGUUAAUAUCCAUUAAAUGAAAUUAUACAUUUGCAUUUGUGUUUUAAUAAACGUUUUCUUUUGGAACCAUUAA